AAGGUCGAGAAGGUUCAGGAGGGACGGAAUGCAUCCUCGCCAGCAAGGAAAUUUGAUCGGAUUCAGAAAAUUUGACAAAUCAGGAAUCUGAAACAGCUCAGAGGGAGAAGGAAAGUCAGAAAGAGAGAGAGAGAGAGAGAGAGAGAGAGACAGGCGAGAGCAGGGAGCGGGAGGGACGCUCUUCGAAAUCUCCUCCACUUGGCGGCGGUUACAUCGCCGGAGAAAGUCAUGAACGGCGGUCCCUCUGGUUUCAACAAUGCGCCAGUCACAAGAGCGUUCGUCAUUUCUUCUGCCCUCUUCACCCUCUUCUUUGGGAUCCAGGGCAGGUCUGCCAAGUUCGGAUUGUCCUACCAGGAUAUUUUUGGGAAGCUCCGUGUACUGAAGCUGAUUGCCUCAGUUUUUGCCUUUUCAUCAACGCCAGAACUGUUGUUCGGACUUGGUCUUUUAUAUUACUUUAGGGUUUUCGAGAGGCAGAUUGGAUCAAACAAGUAUUCGGUGUUUAUAUUGUUCUCUACAAUUGGAUCGUUGCUCUUUGAGGCCCUUGCCCUAUCACUUCUAAAAGACCCAACUCUGAACUUGCUUACAUCUGGACCUUAUGGCCUCAUUUUCGCUUCAUUUGUGCCCUUCUUCUUUGACAUUCCGGUAUCAACUUGGUUUCGUGUCUUUGGCAUCCGCUUCUCUGACAAGUCGUUUGUAUAUCUUGCUGGUCUGCAGCUUCUAUUAUCAUCUUGGAAAAGAUCCCUCAUACCUGGGAUCUGUGGCAUUCUUGCUGGCUCCUUGUACCGUUUAAACCUCUUCGGUAUCCGGAAAGCAAAGUUCCCUGAAUUCAUGGCUACUUUUGCCUCCCGAUUUUCUUGGCCAUCUACUGGGAGUCCUCGUGGGGUAACAACAACUAGGGCCAAUGGAGCAGCACCAACUGUUCCAUCAUACGCAGGUCGCCGUGUGGAGAGAACAUAUCCUACUCCAGUCCCUUCUUCGGUAGAACCAUCAGAGUCCGCUAUCGCCACAUUAGUUUCUAUGGGCUUCGACGGCAACUCGGCAAGACAGGCACUUGUGCAGGCUAGGAACGACGUCAAUGCCGCUACCAACAUCCUUCUUGAAGCCCAAUCACACUGAUUACUCAUGGGUGGGUGAAAAGCACAACUGUAUGGGCUAAUUUUUAACUGGCACGGAUCAACGGAAACUGAGUCAUCACAGUACAAUAUAGACAAUGAAGUCCCAUGUUUGAUAGUUCACAAUCAAUGCGAUAUGGCUUGGUUAACAUCCUGAAAGGGUGGUGGUUUUGCUGUCUUUGUCCUAAAUGUAGGUAAAUAGUGUAGUGUGGACAAAAGAAUCCUUAGGACAUUUUGCCAUUGUUUUCAUAGUCUGUUCUUACUGCUGCCCUGCUUUUGGAACAGACAACGGAAGCAUUAUUUGGCUUUCAAGUAUUGUGCCUAUAUUGAAACAGUUGCAGAAAGAAGAUUUCAGUAAUAGUUUCACUUCUUUUAAUUUGUUCGACAGAAUUUCUCCUUUACUAAGCCUAGUGUCUAACAUUCUGCUACUGGUGCUACAAUUUCGACCCAUAACUCUAUUUCAUUUCAGGUAAAUGAUGGACCACUCUAUUUUGAUGGCAUCGCUCAGUACAUUGAUCAUAUUGCUCAGUAUUUUGCUGUCAUCUUCAAUCUUAUGAAUGUUCUUCUUUAGUGUUUGGUGCUCUGUUAUCUUACGAAGCACAGUUCUGCUAUGGAUAUUAUACAGUCCAAUGGCUUAACAAUGCUG